GUGACAAGUGUGCGGGCGCUGGGACAGCAGUAGGGGGCGUCGCUCUCCGCUCGCCGCCGCCGGCCGCCCCGCCGUCGGUGACGGCCUGUCGCAGCGCGACCGGACCGAGGUGCUCAUGGGCCGGAGGAAGACAGACGGCGGCGGACCUGGCCCGCUGCCGGCCAUGGUGCGCAGGAAGAACGCCGUGAACGAGGAGCUGACGCUGGCGGCCAUGACGGAGGAUGUGUGGGCCGCUGUUGAGUCGGGACGAGAGCGCCGCCGACGGCUCGCGUGCGAGCGCUCGUACGGCCUGGGCGGGCCGGGCGCCGGAGCCGCCCCAGCUGCCGGAAAGGCCGAGCUGGGAGGCACCCAGCCGGCAGUGACCGGAGCUGGAGCUCUGGCGGCAUCCCGCCCGCCGGCAGCGGCGGCAGCGCCGCCUGCGCCCGCCAGAUCGGCUGCAGCUCCACCGGCCGGACAUGUCCCGGUGCCGGCGUCGUGCCCACCGGGCCAGGGAAACGUCGGUCCAGUUUCGGCAAAAGCCGCCAGUCCCCAGGAGGCUAAGAAGUUGACAGGGAUGCAGUCGUCGGGGCAAAGCCAGGGACAUUCGAAGAAGACAGCACCAGACGAGGCAGACGGAAACGCUGUAAGUGCCCCGACAGUCAAGGGCGCUUCAAAACAAGAUUGCAAUGUCACCAAGACAAAGACAACAGAUGAGAAGCGGACGACUCAGAACGACGUUUACAAGGCACAAGAUUCUGAAAAGCCCACGGUAGUGGUUGCGACUGAGCAGAAGAAAGAUGCUAGAGAAACACCAGCGGAUAACAAGAAGUCCAAGCGAAACAAGCGUAAAGGUGGACGCCUGAGCGAAGGAGAAGAUCAAGCAGUCCCCGGGCCGGUCCAACAUCCGCCCAUCGUCGGCGCCCCAGCUUCUAACGCGGGAAAUUCAGCUGAGCCCCAACAGAAGCGGAACGUAGCUGCGGCGGAUGUCGUGCCCAGUGCGGCGCCUGCCCAGACGGCCACAGCUCCCAGUGUCGCCCGGCAGGAGGGCGGCGUCGUCCAGCAGCCCGCACCGGCGGCACCUCUCGCCAUCAAUCUGACCCAGAUGGUGUCCGACGAGCGUCCGCUCGCCAGCGGCGCGACCGCUCCAGCCGCCGGCGCAGGCGCCAGAAGCGCCUCCUACGCCGAGAAGGCUCGGCACCCGCCCGCCAGCCCGCCGCUGGUGGAGCAGCCGCCGCCGCCGCCGCGCGAGGAGAGCCCCGAGCCGACGUACGACCCGCGGCCGCGCGCGCUCUCUCCACCGCAUGCGGCGCCGCUCUCGCCCAGUUCGCCCACCUCCGAGGAGUGGGUGCCGGUUGAGACGCGCCGCGAGAAGCGCAAGCGGCGCCGCAGCGAGCGACUCAGCGAGUCAGAGCGCAAGAGCGAGUCCGAGCGCAAGAAUGAGUCGGCGGACGCGUUUGACCUGCUGCUGUCAGGCGGGGAGGGCUUGCACGAUGGUCUACAGGAGGCACUGGAGGAGGAGGGGGUCGCCGACCAGCCGCCGCAGCCGGCGGCCGCAGAGAGCAAGCAAGACGCCUUCGACCUGCUCAUGUCCUCUUCCAUGGACCUCACCGAAGGGUUCCAGGAAGCGUUCGGUGAGGAGUCACAGGUUGAGAUGGAAGGGCUAAAACAGGGUCCCAUGUCCAGCGCUCCGACCAUGGACGCGUUCGACCUACUCCUGGGUGGGGAUGACGACCUCAAGAAUGGUUUUGAGGAAUCAUUUGCGGACGAUACUGCAGAAAAAAUUGCCUUAGAGCGAUCGGUGAUUGACAAACAGAAAGAUGAAGUCAAGGAGAGCAAGGAUAAGUCUGAAAAAGCAAAGAAAGAGCGUAAAACGUCUCAGUCCGACAAGAAAUCCUCACAGAACGCGGAUUCGAAACGCCAAAAGAACGGCGGGGAGCAGCAGAUUCCCCCCACCACGGUUUCUCAGAAGGUGCCCGAAAAGCAGCAGCCUAUCGUAUCACCAGCCACUGCCGCACAGGAACCAAACGACAAGCCGCAGGACAAGCCAAAAAAGCCUCGGAGCAGGAAGAACAGCGAGAAGACGAAGAACCGUACGCCGCGUGCAAGCACGUCUAGUGAAAGCGAACCGCCGGGCGCUUUGACGGAGGUGGCGGCCGCGGCUUGGUUCGACAAGGCUUUGCACGAUGCUGCCGAGACUAACUUCUACCAGGGCCUGCAUGGUGGCGGGGCGGGAUGCCCCGCGCAUGGGCCCGACAACCAGCAGGGGCCAUUAAAAAAAACUCCGCCGAAGCCAGCUUCUUCACCCCUUAGUUCGGCCAGCCAUGAGCGCACCGUAGAAGCCAGUCCGUGUCCGCAGUCGCUAGGCAAAGUAGACGCAGACGCGCAGCGCGACGCCCCGCCCAGCGCCGCUCGCCAGCCUGUCGCGCCGCCAUCGAGGACAGGCCCGUCGAGCCUGGCCUCGCCGCCGCUCUCCCUCGGCUCGGAGGUGGGAGACCUGUACUUCGAGGACGUGGUGCUGGCUGGCCGGCAGAGCGCGGCCACCAUGGCGGCGCUGCCCGGGUUCACGGCGGCGCCGCCCUGC